AUGCGGGCGCCGGCGAUGCUCCGGUGUGCCCUCGCCGCGGCGGCGCUCGCGGCGCUCCUCUCGGCCGCGCCCGCCGCCGGGUUCUACCUCCCCGGCGUCGCCCCGACCGACCUCGCCAAGGGGGAUGAACUAAUGGUGAAGGUGAACAAGCUGACAUCAAUCAAGACUCAGCUUCCCUACACGUACUACUCCCUUCCUUUCUGCAAGCCCAGUACCAUAGUUGACAGCUCUGAAAAUCUUGGUGAGGUUCUUCGUGGUGAUCGGAUUGAGAACUCCCCUUAUGCGUUCCAAAUGAGGGAGCCCAAGAUGUGCCAGAUUGUAUGCAAACUAACUGUUACCGAGAAAGAAGCGAAGGAGCUCAAGGAAAAGAUUGAGGAUGAGUACCGUGUGAACAUGGUUCUUGACAAUCUGCCACUAGUUGUUCCAGUUCAAAGGCAAGAUAAGAACACCAUCGCUUAUCAAGGUGGAUAUCAUGUUGGCGUCAAGGGCCAGUAUUCUGGAAGCAAGGAGGAGAAGCACUUCAUCCACAACCAUCUAUCGUUUUUAGUGAAGUACCACAAGGAUGAGGAAUCCGAACUUUCUAGGAUAGUCGGAUUUGAGGUCAAACCAUUCAGCAUCAAGCAUCAGUUUGAUGGGAAAUGGAAUGAUGCAAACACUCGUUUGAGCACUUGUGAUCCUCAUGAUAGCAAGUUUGUGAUAAAUUCUGAAACUCCUCAGGAGGUUGAGGUUGGCAAAGAUAUCAUAUUCACUUAUGAUGUUCGCUUUGAGGAGAGUGAAGUCAAGUGGGCAUCCCGGUGGGACACCUAUCUGUUGAUGUCUGAUGAUCAGAUUCACUGGUUUUCUAUUGUGAACUCUCUCAUGAUUGUGCUUUUCCUAUCCGGUAUGGUGGCCAUGAUCAUGAUGCGCACCCUGUAUAGAGAUAUAUCUCGAUACAACCAGCUUGAAACUCAAGAGGAGGCACAGGAGGAAACUGGCUGGAAGCUUGUUCAUGGAGAUGUUUUCCGCCCUCCAGUUAACUCUGAUCUGCUCUGCGUUUAUGUUGGCACCGGAGUUCAGUUCUUUGGCAUGCUGCUAGUUACAAUGAUCUUUGCUGUUCUAGGUUUCCUCUCUCCAUCAAACAGGGGAGGACUAAUGACUGCAAUGCUUCUUGUCUGGGUCCUGAUGGGGCUGCUUGCUGGUUAUUCUUCUUCACGUCUCUACAAGAUGUUCAAGGGUUCAGAGUGGAAGCAGAUAACCCUGCGCACGGCUUUCCUAUUCCCAGGGAUUGCUUUCGUCAUUUUCUUCAUCUUGAACGCCCUUAUCUGGGGGGAGAAGUCAUCUGGAGCUGUUCCAUUCACCACCAUGUUUGCCUUGGUCCUCCUUUGGUUUGGCAUCUCAGUGCCCCUUGUGUUUGUCGGGAGCUAUCUUGGGUUCAAGAAACCCGCCAUGGAGCCUCCAGUGAAAACCAACAAGAUCCCACGACAGAUCCCCGAGCAGGCCUGGUACAUGAACCCGCUCUUCACCAUUCUGAUCGGUGGCAUCCUACCGUUUGGCGCGGUCUUCAUCGAGCUCUUUUUCAUCCUCACCUCCAUCUGGCUACACCAGUUCUACUACAUCUUCGGCUUCCUCUUCCUGGUCUUCGUCAUCCUCAUCAUCACCUGUGCCGAGAUCACAGUCGUGCUCUGCUACUUCCAGCUGUGCAGCGAGGACUACAACUGGUGGUGGAGGUCCUACCUCACCUCAGGGUCCUCUGCGCUGUACCUCUUCCUGUACGCAGGAUUCUACUUCUACACGAAGCUGCAGAUCAGCAAGCUGGUGUCGGGCAUCCUGUACUUUGGGUACAUGCUGCUCGCCUCCUUCUCCUUCUUCGUGCUCACUGGGACUAUCGGCUUCUGCGCCUGCUUCUGGUUCACAAGGCUGAUCUACUCGUCCGUGAAGAUUGAUUAGUCGCUUCAGCCGCAAGACAGUGGAGCAUAGCAUAUGUUUUCAGGUUUUGGGUCGAGAUAACUGUACGAUUAAGGUGAAAGCGGGGAUCAUCCCCCUGAAUUUUUUAUCCAGUCAUAUCAGGAAAAGAUACAUUUUGGGAUUAGCUAUGCAUGAUUUAAGUUUAUUGUGGUCAGGUGAUACAUGUGAGUUACAAGGGUAGAAGAAGAAUACACUGUGAUGUAGUUGACUCUUUUCGCAGAAUUUUAUCAGCCGGUGUAUAAGAUUCAAUUGAUUA